AUGCGCGUUUCCAUCCGGGAACAACUAGCCUGCCUGAUCCUCGCCUCCUCUCUUCUUGGCCUGAUUGUCAUCUCUCUCUCGGUCUGGUACACGAAUCACAAUUUCGUCCUCGAUGUCGCCUCCUCCCGGUUGCGCAAUGCAGCUUCGCUCAAGGCUGCACAGAUCUCUGGUAAUUUGGAGCUUAUGGAAACCGUUGCCGGGUUCAUCACAACGCGUACAUCCAUACAGAACAGUCUUGCCCGCUAUGGAAAUGGUACGAACCUCACCUCGGCCAACUUUGAAGGCGCCCAAAACGAUAUCCAGUCUAGUCUGGGUGAUAUCAACUCCAAUGGGCAUGCUCUGGCUCUGCAAGCUCAAGUCUUCGCCCAGGAUAUCAGAAAUCGAAGCGCCAGUGUCAGCGUCCUCCGCGCCACGGGUCGGACUCUGAGACCUAUCGAAUUGCCCUGGUAUUAUCCCAAUGGAACUCAGAUUAAUCUCGGGGACGUUGGCGUAGGCUAUCCGAGCAUGCUGUAUCCCAACCUCACGAUCGCGGAGGACCGUUUUGAGAACUUGACCGUGACAUCCGCUGUGUACAACGGCAAACGCUUGCUCCAGAAUUCCACCUUGGUUCUAGGACCCUUAACUGUGAAUGCAAGCUUUUCUCUCAUUUCACUCACCUUGCCAAUCCUCAACAGUACCUCUCGCGCAGAUGGACUUGGCUGGCUCACUGUAGUCAUGGAUGCGGCGCUCAUUAAAUCCGUCAUUGCGGCUCCCGAAGGCCUUGGCGAUACUGGUCAGACGCUACUUUUUGGCCCAAUAGGUCCAUCCAACCUAUUUGACGCGGGUGUCCGAUAUGACGAAGAGACCGGGACAAGGCCAACCUAUGACGUCCGCUAUCUAUUUCCACUCAAUGCAAAUAUGAGUGAUCGCCAUCCUGACCACGUGGCCGGCACUGCGAACAAGCCUUUUUCUGCAGACCAGUACCCCGCUGUUGAUGCAGCCAUUACAGAGAGGAGUGGCGAUGUCGAUAAUACUGAUACCUUGAUAGACACGUACAACGAGGCAGGAAAGUCGGUAUCGGUUGGCUAUUCGCUCACACCAAGCCCGAUGGUCGAUUGGGUGAUUGUGGUUGAGCAAGCACGAUCGGAAACCUGGGAGCCGAUCUAUCACCUCCGAGAUAUACUCCUGGCGUGUGUUUUCAGUGUGGUAGGCUUCCUCGCAAUUGUGUCCUUUCCCAUGGCGCACUGGGCGAUUCUGCCCAUUCGGCGGUUGCGGGUCGCCACAGCCGAGACCAUGGAUCCCCCGAAAUCAGAUGAUAUAAGCUACACGUCUGGCAGCGAAAAGGCUAACCCCUACGCGUUUGCCUGCAAGGAUGGGGGCUUCAUGACUUCGACGCUGAAAUGGCGACCGCGACUCGAUGAUCCCGAACUUCAACGUCGAAUGAUGGAGGACAAGCCAUUCCGAAUUCCCAACAAGGUCCGAGUGGGCAAGCACCUCGUCAAAGAUGAACUGACAGAGCUCACUACGACGUUCAACGAAAUGUCGGAUGAGCUGUUUGUACAAUAUGCGCGACUCGAGGACCGUGUUCGACAAAGGACUUUGGAACUGGAGCAAAGCAAGAAGGCGGCAGAAGCAGCUAACGAGACCAAGACUCUUUUCAUCGCCAACAUCAGUCAUGAAUUGAAGACCCCCCUGAACGGUAUUCUUGGCAUGUGCGCCGUCUGCAUGCAAGAGGAUGAUCCAUCGAAAAUUAAAGAAUCCCUUGGUAUCAUCUACAAGAGUGGCGAUCUGCUUCUCAAAUUACUCACAGAUCUACUCACUUUCAGCCGAAAUCAGGUUGAACAGGUUGCCACCCUCGAAGAAAGAGGAUUCCGAUUGCGUGAUGUCGAGGAACAAAUAUACGCGCUAUUCGCGAAGCAAGCCGCAGAAAAGAAGAUUGACCUCAAGAUUAUAUUCGACGACAUGUUGUUUGAAGGAGAGGUUGCAGGUACUCAGACUGGCUUAUACCAGGCACAAUCACGCACGUCGGAUUUGGACACUCGAAACCUUCUCCUAUGGGGCGAUCCGCACCGCAUCCUGCAGGUCGUCAUCAACCUCGUAUCGAAUAGCCUGAAAUUUACUCCCGCUGGCGGGAGUAUCACCCUGGGGAUCAAAUGUACUGCGGCGAAGUGGGUCGGCGUCGGAAUCACACCGUCGGGAUCGUUGACAUCGACGCCGCUCCGGCACACACUGCAGCAAGGUACCGCGAAUCUGAUCAAACCCCAUACAGCUAUCGCUAGAGGACGACAAGAGGGUUCUCGAUCGCUUCCGCCUGGACAGGAUCUGCAUUUCGAAUUUGAGGUCAAAGACACUGGGCCGGGUAUCUCAACAGACAUGCAGCAACGCAUCUUCGAACCUUUUAUUCAAGGCGAAGCCGGAUUGAGCAGACAACACGGUGGUGCUGGACUCGGGUUGAGCAUCUGCUCACAGCUCGCAAGCCUCAUGGGUGGCUCUAUGAGCCUGAACAGUAUUCCAGGCCAGGGAAGCACAUUUUCUUUCCAUUUGCCCUUACGUCAUGACUUUAGCGGGUGCGGUGCACCACAACCCUCGCCGUAUCGCCUUGACGAGAAGCGUCCAUUUUUUGUGGAUAACGAGCUGGCACCGCGCCGUCCACCUCUCAUCAAGCGAAUAUCUGAAGCGGCCUCAUCGCUGGGCGCAGAAUCGCAGACACCGGGCUCGGAAAUGACCGCCAGUAGCCUUCAGGAAUCCGUGUCUCAAUCAACACCAUCGACCGGAAUAUCACCAGAGGCCCUCGACGAGUCGAAGAUAUCAUCGACCACAUCGAAUAGUGACAUCACUGCCGCCAUGACCGAUACAUCGUCUGCACUACCCAUCCGUGUGCUUGUCGCCGAAGACAACAAGGUCAACCAACUGGUCGUCCUACGCAUGCUUAAGCUUGAGAAAAUUGUCGACAUUACUCUCGCCAAUGAUGGUCAGGAAGCACUCGAGAUCGUGCAGGCGUCUAUGGGAAAUUCUUCGUGCCCCGCAUCCUCUUCGUCGUCAUCGUCGUCGUCGUCGUCGUCCUCGUCUUCUUCACCCCAAACGCCGUCUCCUUUCGACAUCAUCUUCAUGGACAUACAGAUGCCGCGCCUGGACGGCCUGCAGGCCACUCGAGCCAUUCGCUCCGCCGGUUUUCGCAAUCCUAUCAUCGCCUUGACUGCCUUUGCUGCAGAAUCCAACGUCACUUCAUGCCAUGAAGCUGGCAUGGAUUACUUUCUCGCGAAACCGAUCAAGCGUGCUGCUCUGAGAGGCGUGGUCAAGGAAUACUGCGGAGUGGCGCCGGCUACCUCUACCUCAGUUUCGACCUCACCUCCAAAGCCAGAGUACAGCGCCGAGAUGUCUCCUGCUAAUGAGAACGGCGCUUCUGGCACUGCGGAGAACAAAUCUCCCGUCCUGCCUUUGGACAAUACGACCAGCAAAGAGUGA